CGAGCCAAAGGGCCGCCGGAGGACAUGGCGUCGUGGAGAGACUGCAAGGCUUGGCAGGAUGCUGGACUCGUCCUUUCCACCACAAGUAAUGAGGCUUGUAAAAUGUUUGAUGCCACACUUACUCAGUACACAAAAUGGACAAACGAUAAAAGUCUAGGAGGCAUUGAAGGAUCUCUCUCAAAAUUAGAAGCAGCUGAUCCAAAUUUUACAAUGGGGCAUGUGAUUGCUAAUGGUUUGACUCUGAUUGGUACUGGGAGUUCAGUGCGGCUUGACAAAAAAUUAGAUGGCGCAAUAAAGAAAAUGUUGGUACUCUCACAGUCUCAGCCAUUAACUGAGCGGGAGAAGCUGCACGUCUCAGCGGUGGAGCUCUUUGCUAACGGGGAGCUUCCUAAAGCUUGUGAUACUUGGGAACAAAUUCUACACAACCACCCAACUGACUUGUUGGCUAUUAAAUUUGCACAUGAUACUUAUUUUUACUUGGGAUAUCAGGCACAAAUGAGAGAUUCUGUGGCCCGAGUUUAUCCUCACUGGACACAUGACAUGCCUCUCAGUAGUUACCUGAAAGGCUUGUACUCCUUCGGGCUUAUGGAAACCAAUUUCUUUGAUCGUGCAGAGAAGCUUGCCUAUGAGGCUUUAGCAAUCAACCAGACAGACGCAUGGUCCGUCCACACCAUUGCUCAUGUGAAUGAAAUGAAACCAGACCUGAAGAGUGGACUGGACUUCAUGAAGCAAACUGAAAACAACUGGAAGGAUGGUGAUAUGCUUGCUUGCCACAACUACUGGCACUGGGCUUUAUAUUUUAUUGAAAAGGGUGACUAUGAGGCUGCUCUGACCAUUUACGACACUCACAUUGGACCCAGGUGCCAGACAAGCGGGACCAUGCUUGAUAUUGUUGAUAAUUGCUCCAUGCUGUAUCGGCUGCAGUUAGAAGGUGUGAAAGUGGGCAACAGGUGGAAAGGAGUAAACCAGCUGACACAGAAACAUGCCUCAGAUCAUGUCCUGCUCUUCAACAAUGCUCACAUUCUGAUGGCUUCGUUAGGGGCCAAGGACCAAAAAACGACUCACGAGCUGCUAACGUCUCUCCAGGAACUGGUCCAGGCACCUGGCGAAGACUACGAGCUAAACCUGUCUUCAAAGCUGGGCCUUCCUCUGUUGCAAGCUUUGGUCGAGUUCGAGAGUGGCAACUACGACAAGGCAGUGGAGUUGCUCUAUCCCAUUCGCUACCAGGUGGUUGAGAUAGGGGGAAGCAAUGCUCAGAGAGAUGUUUUUGCCCAGCUCCUGAUCCAUGCUGCGUUAAACUGUAAAUCCAAAGCGAACCAGAAACUUGCCAGAUGCCUUCUGAUAGAACGUGAGGAACUUAGACCAAAUGCUCCAAUGACUGAGCGACUCAUGCGGAAGGCUGCAGCUGUUCAUGCCCUAGGAUAAAACUUGGAAGUUUCUCAACCAGUUUCUAAUCAGCGUUCUUAGUCCGAAUCUGUUUCCCAGCACAGCAGUAUGCCGUAAUCACUGCCUAAAUGCGACAAUGAAAUCUAGUAUACCUCUUAAGUGCGCGAGGUCUUUGGGAAUUGCGAUUACAAAGAUUCCUUUUUAUUCCUGGACUUUCGGGUACACGCUUCUUAUUCUUGCACUACCUUUGACCUGUCUGUUCAAAAUCAGUUGCUUUUUUGCAUAUCUAGAGAAGAAAAGGGGAAAUGGGAGUUAACUGACUGGCUAAAGCAAGAGUUCGUAUAUUCUAAAACACCAGUGGGGAUUGUUUGAUAUUAGGAUUAACAAGGUGAGCAAGGUGCAGAAUGUGAUUUGGACGUACGGAAUGUAUAGUCCUGACCAAUGUUCCCUCUAAGCUGCAGAGUCUCGUGAGCAAAAAUUCUACUUUGUGAGCUCCUGGCAUUAAAGUUGUGAGCUACUGCAUGAAUAAGUGUGCUCUGGGGUCAUCCUUCUUGAGCUAAGACAAAAAUGUGCAAGCUGGAAGCUAAAAACCUGUGAGCUGGCUCACGCUGACUCUGCUUAGAGGGAACACUGCCACUGACCCACUGGAAUGCACAAGCGGCAUUUACAAUGAAUGUAUUUUGAGCAGUUGGGGAUUCCUAGAAACCAUCUUGUUUUUACCAUUAAGCCACAGCUGACUUUUGGUGACUCUGCAGGGUUUUUGAGGCAAGAGACAGGCAGAGGUGGUUGGCCAUUGCUUGCCUCUGAGUCAAGACCAGUAUUCCCUCUAAGCUGCAGAGCCUCUAAGCCUGCAGAGCAAAAAUUCUACUUUGUGAGCUACUGGCAUUAAAGUUGUGAGCUACUGCAUCAGCUAGUGUGCUCUGGGGUCAUCCUUCCUGAGCUAAGACAAAAAUGUGUGAGCUGGAAGCUAAAAAUCUGUGAACUAGCUCAUGCUAACUCAGUUUAGAGGGAACACUAGUCAAGACCCUGGUAUUCCUUGGUGGUCUGCCAUCCAACUACUAGCCAGGGCGAUCCCGCUUAGCUUCCAAGAUCUGAGGAGACUGGGCUAGUCUUGGCUUUCCAGGUCGGGACAACUAUGUACCACUUCAGAUAUUCCAUUUCAUCUGUGCAUUUUUUCAUUCACUUGUGGUCACUGUAUGUGAAUAAAUUUUAUUUUUAUUUUAUUAAGAUUUAUAUCCCACACUCCUUUUAGCGGGCUCAGGGAGGCUAACAAUCAAUAAAACACAACACAGAAACAUAAGAUGUAAACAAUCAAGAAAUUGGAAAAAGGAAAGGUCCCCUGUGCCAGCACCAGUUGUUUCCGACUCUGGGGUGAUGUUGCUGCUUUCACAAUGUUUUCAUGGCAGACUUUUUUACAGGGUGGUUUGCCAUUGCCUUCCCCAGUCAUCUACACUUUCCCCCCAGCAAGCUGGGGACUCAUUUGACCGACCUCGGAAGGAUGGAAGGCUGAGUCUACCUUGAGCCGGCUACCUGAAAACCCAGCUUCCACCAGGGUUUGAACUCAGGUUGUAAGCAGAGUUUAGUACUGCGGUGCUGCAGCUUUAACACACAGCGCCACGGGGCUCUUCUAGACAUUACUAUAUCAUAAAAUAGACAGUUAAAAUUACAACAUUGGUAACCUGUAGUGUUAUCAAUAUUAUCCAAGGAUCUUAUCAAUGUGGUGCUCAGAAUAUUGUUAGUGAUAUUGGCCAAGACUGUCAGUUAUGUGGCAACUUGACAGCUAUCUCCCAUUAGUCGUUAAAUGCAAGGCAGAAUAGUUCGGCCUUACAAGCCCUGCAGAACUGUGGGAGGUCCCUCAGGACUCUGAUGUUUUCCGGUAGCACAUUCCACCAUGGGGGAGCUGCCACAGAGAAGGCCUUGGCCCUGGUGGUGGUUAGCCGGGCUUUCUUCAGCCCAAGGACUGUUAAAAGAUUUUGAGAUCCUGAAUGCAGUGCUCUCUGGGGCACAUGUGGGGAAUGGCAGUCCUGAAGGUAGACAGGUCUCAGACCAUAUAGGGCUUUAAAGGUUAACAACCAGCACCUUGAAACGAAUCCAGAACGCCACAGGCAGCCAAUGCGGUGUUUUCAGCACAGGCUGAAUAUGCUCCGGUAUAGGAAGCUCUUUCCUACCUGAGGUUUUGUUUUUUAAGCUACAGCUUAAUAUCCACAGAUCUGUUUCUACCUCAGGAUGCGAGGAAGGGACUGGAGCCAUGUUGUUUUUGUUAAGUGCUAACUACUCCAGGUUCUUUUGUAGCAAGGGGAAGAUGGCUCCCCCCUGUGGUCUGCUUCCAGGCGAUACAUGCCUCCUUCAAUUGGCAGAGGGAAGGAGAACAGCUGAGUCCAGGCCUGUUGAGAGAAGCAGAGGAAGUGGGGACAGACCUUGCUGGACAGGAGAAGAGGUGGGAGACAGCUCGGAACAGCCCAAGGAGAUGAAUGUUUCUAUUUGAAAUUGGCACACUAACCAGCAAGAUGAAUGUUUAAGUGACAUGAUUGUGCUGGAGAGCACACCUGUAUAUGUUAAAUUUGGGACGAUUGUAUACAUGCACACUUCUGAAUAUAUUCUCUAGAACAUC